CGAGAUUUGUGGAACAGAGGAAUUAAUGUGCUGGAUGUAAGUUUCCAGAAAGUUGUUCAAACGAGAAGAUGCUUCUCCCGAGCGAGUGGACCCCCAGUGUGACAAGUGUACCAACUGCUACUUCGCAGGCAACAAUGCGUGCUUUCUGUGGUGGAACAAAGCGCAAUGUGACUCCGUGGAUGUGUACAAGCGGUGCGGUGCUGGCAGCAACGACCUGUUGCCGCCCCUUCCGAACGAGCUGUUACGUCCCCCUCCGAACUACCUGUUGCCUCCGAACGAGGUGUUGCCUCCGAACGUCCCGUUGCCGUCUCCCCCGAACGAGCUGCUGCCGGCCCCUUCGAACGAGCUGUUGCCUCCGAACGACCCGUUGUUGUCCCCUCCGAACGACCCGUUGCCACCCCCUCUUAACGAGUUGUUACCACCCCCUCCGAAUGCUCCCAAGCCGAAGCCUUGGUCGCUCGGUUGCGUGUAAUAAUCGAUAAUGUGAUC